GUUUAGACAAUUAGACGUUGUCAAUUGUCGGUUGUUAUGUUAUUUGUUGCUGUGGAUAAGAAAGUCGUUUUAUUUUCAUAAUUCAUUAUUCUGAUUCGAUUUUCGAAGCAAUUGAAGUCUAUUUCCAAUGAAAUAACCUGUUAAUAAUGAAGAUUAAUAGUAAAACUAAAAUUGUUAGUCAAAAUAUUAUUUUAGUACCAUAUACUGAGAAACAUGUACCAAAGUAUCAUGAGUGGAUGAAAUCUGAGGAAUUACAAGUAUUAACUGCAUCCGAACCACUUACAUUAGAACAAGAAUAUGAUAUGCAAAAGUUAUGGCAAGAAGAUGAAGACAAAUGCACUUUUAUAAUACUUGAUAAGAAAAAAUAUGAAGUAGACAAUAAUGAGAUAGAUGCCAUGAUAGGUGAUACAAAUAUUUUUGUCAAGGAUCUUGCUCUAGGAGAAAUUGAAAUAAUGAUUGCAGAAGAAGCUGCUAGAGGUAGAAAGUUUGGCUGGGAAGCUGUUAUUUUGAUGUUAAUAUAUGGCAUUGAUUUUAUUGAAUUAAAGAAAUAUGAAGCAAAAAUUUCAUUUUCAAAUGAGAGAAGUAUAAAUAUGUUUACUAAACUAGGAUUUAAAGAGGAGUCGCGAAGUAUUAUAUUUAAUGAAAUUACUUUUGCUAAAACUGUAACAAAUGAAUGGUGUGUAUCACUUAAAGAUAAUUUUAAGUAUGUAAUAAAGAAUUAUGUUGAUUAAGACUCUUUUUUGCAUUUGUUGAGGUACCUUGCCAUAUUAGAUUCAAUGAAAAAGGAUUCUGUUGCAUGCCUAUAUUAUCAAGACUUGAGGAAGUAACAGGAAAUCAGUCACACAAGUUAGGGCAUUGUGUACCUGUGCUCAUUAAUACAGCUUAACUUUAAAUUAGCAGCCAAAUAUUGGUAUUAGUUCUUGUUGUUAGUAAAGCCUUCAGCAUGA